GUUUAUCGCUGGGUGGUUACUGAGAUUUCCCUCUUGACAGACAAGAUGUACAAUUUUCUCUUUUGGUAUAUUAUGAUUUAACGUAUUUCCCAGAUAGAAAGAUAGAUUACAAUUUAAAUAAUAAGACACAUGACUUGAUGUAAUCUUUAAGCUUUAGAUACGGUUAUAUUCUGCUUUUAGUCCAGAGCAAUAGCUUCAAUAUGUCUUAACUCCUAAGGCAGGCUCGAUUUUGUAAUAUGUUGCAGAUCUUCUGAUCCCUGUUCUACUAUCUGUCUACUUUUCUAAGUUAAAUCUCUAUAAAUGAAAAGGUGGGUUUGAAGACAUUUAGAUAUCAAAUGAGCCAAAUACUGGUCAUUGCCAAGUCCUGACUCAUCUGGUUUCUAGAAAUGUCUGAACCCAUGUGGUAUUUUAAGACCUAUUAAUUCCAAACCAGACUGUUGCAUCUCUGUAAAAUAUUCGAACGCAUGACACUCCUUUCAAGAAGAUUGUCAAUAUUAUAUGAAAGUGUCAGUAUCGUGUUAGUGUGUUGUUUGUUUGUGUGUGUGUGUGUGUGUGUGUGUGUGUGUGUGUGUGUGUGUGUGUGUGUGUGUGUGUGUGUGUGUGUGUGUGUGUGUGUGUGUGUGUGUGUGUGUGAGUGUGAAUGUGUGGGUAUUUGUGUGUGGGUGUUUGUGUGUGUGUACACGUGUGAGUCUGUGCAUGCUUUUUUUUGGGGUUUGUGUGUGAAAGUGUGUGCAUAUACGUGUGCAGAUGCAAUCAGGGUUUAAGUCCUAUGGAACUUAAAUGUCGCCCCACCCCCCACCACCCAGCCACCCUCUCUUUCUCCCUCAGAUAAUCUUCAGACCGUGACAUAAUCAGAGUCAUGGAUAUUACUGAAGAUAUUACUGGACAACAUCUGUUGAAACCCCUGAAAGCUCCACAGUUCCGCCAAGCCUGUCUAUCUGUUAAUAAUGCCUGAUUUAUAAUAUGAUUCCUUUUUUUUUUAAAUAUAUAUAUUAUUUUGGCACUCCACAGGACUACUCUUAGUUUAUUUAUAAUUGUUCUUGUGUUAACAUAAUGUCCUACAUAAUUUUUCAGUAUCCCCUCUCAGCUCCAAGACCUGUGCACAAAAUGUGCAUUGACAAUCACACACAAUAUGCAUACAUGGAAGUACAUGGCAGUUUUUUGCUGAUCAUUGAUUCACAAUCUCAAUAUUAUUACAUUACCUGUUUUGUAAAAAAAUAUACUUAGGAUUAAUUGGGAGAUUAAGAUCUUCAUUUAAAUAUAUAAGGCUUAUGUGGUCUAUUUUUAUUUUCCGCUCAUUAAAAACGAAUAAUUACGAUUAAUAAUAACGUAAUACAUUUAUAAAUAUUUAACGAAUAAUAAGUUUAAUCAGUGCUGUAAAUCCAUUGUGAAGGCUUGGAUAUUUGAUUCCAUACAAUACUAAGUACCAGUUAACAUGUGCAUGUAGUGUCUGCUCACGACACCGCCUCGCCUCCUCUUUCUCGCCUCUCCUCUCCAGAUGGGAAAUGCCUCAGACGCAUCUGAUGUUUUCGCCUCCACCAUUUCUAGAGAACACGAUGUUAUCAUGGGAUCCCUUUAUACGGUGUUCUGUGCGUUGUCUCUCGUGGGCAACGGUGUUCUUCUACUCGUCGCCUAUCGUAAAAGGCUUACCCUCAAGCCGGCUGAGUUUUUUAUCGUCAAUCUAUCAAUCAGUGACCUUGGGAUGACCCUCUCCUUGUUUCCUUUGGCCAUACCGUCAGCUUUCUCCCAUAGGUGGCUGUUUGAAGUCACCUGUCAGGCGUACGCUCUCUGUGGCGUGUUGUUUGGUCUGUGCAGCCUCACCAACCUCACUGCCCUGUCCCUGGUGUGCUGUCUGAAAGUCUGCUUUCCUAACCACGGCAAUAAGUUCUCCUCCUCCCACGCCUGCGUCAUGGUGGGGGGGGUCUGGUCCUACGCGUCUGUGUUCGCGGUGGGGCCCCUGGCACAGUGGGGCAACUACGCGGUCGAGCCCUACGGCACGGCGUGUUGCAUCGACUGGCGCUCGCCCAACCACAGCCUCUCCGCCCUGUCUUACAUCGUGUGCCUGUUCCUGUUCUGCUACGCCGUGCCCUGCGUGGUCAUCUUCCUCUCCUACGCCUUCAUCCUGCUGACGGUGCGCGGGUCACAGCAGGCCGUGCAGCAGCACGUGUCGCACCCGCAGUCACGAACCAGCAAUGCGCACGCGCUCAUCGUCAAGUUGUCCGUGGCGGUCUGCAUUGGCUUCCUGGGGGCCUGGACCCCCUACGCCGUGGUGUCCAUGCUGGCCGCGUUCGGCGACGCUGAUUCAAUUUCCCCCGUGGCGUUCGCCAUGGCGGCCAUACUGGCCAAGAUCUCCACCGUCUACAACCCCGUGGUCUACCUCCUGUGCAAACCCAACUUUCGUAAAUGUCUAUACAGCGACACGUCCUCGUUCCGGCAGAGGAUGUGCCGAGGCAGUCCCCAGCCGGACCAGGGGCAGCGCUUUGGGUCCCGCACGCAGUGCCAGGACCACAAGGACGCCAGCGUCUCCACGCGCUUCUCCAACGGACAGCCGGAGAGCUACGGCGCGUGUCUGGACUACUCGGGGGACGGAUCUCCAUGUGCCCGGGCCUCGCCCCUGCCUACCGCCAGCACACUGACCCACUCCUCCCCCGGGGAGGUGGCGGUGUGUCGACUCCCAGCUCGACUGCAGGCGCACUUCCUGUAGUGUGUCCCAGCAUCCUUUCUGUUGGAGGAUAAUAAGACCCUCUGCGCAAGAUUUACAGCUCACGCCUCAGUGGGCCUACACAGCCAAGAGAACUGUGAGUUGUGUGUUAUGUAUCCAUUGUGAUAUGUUAACACCUUGACAUAUCCAAACGACAGUAUUCUUGGGGACCACUCUGCCUACUCUUGGGGCCGGGGUACCUUUUGAACCUUUUCACAUUCCAUGGUUGUAGUCUUUCUAGGUACAAGCCUUUAUUGGAUGAUGAUCUCAUUGAGAUGAGUUGCAGGAGCAGGGCUGAUUAUUAAAAGAAAAAAGAAAAUGCAGGAUCAACGAUCAUAAAUCUUGCUAAAUCUAUCGAAUUAUCGUAUAGAUUAUACAGCAUCCUUUACUGUUGCAAUGAGAAAAAAUAACACGGAAAGUGAAAACAAUAAAUAGUGAAAAGAGAAAUAUUCACCCAACAUCAAUGCAAUGGGUUACCGUAGUAUAUUGUAAUGUUAGUAUUGUUACAGAAUGUCUUUGUCGAACCAAAAGAAAGUCAAUGUAUGUGUGUCAUCAAAGCUCUUUUUAUUAGUUUCAAUCUUAUGUCCCAUUCCAUAGUGUACAUGAUGCCUCAAAAACAAAUAAUAAAGAAGACAUGAGGACAGUUAAUCACCACCAUCGUUUUAAACAAUGGAAUUGUCAAUUUAAUCAGUGGAGUCCAUGCUCAUCAAUAAAGCAAUUUGUGAUACUAAGCUGAAUAAAGACGCUGUAUUAAAGGA